AUGAUUAAAAAAAUUUUUUGUUGUUGUAAUGAUAAUUAUACUAGUGAAGAAAUAACUAAUGAAUGUAAUAUAUCAAAUGAAUGUAAAAAAAAAGUUUUGAUAUUUUUAAAUCCAAAUUCAGGUUCUGGAACAACAUUGAUUGAUUUUAAUAAAAGAUUAUUGCCAGCAUUAAGGAAAAAUAAUAUUUUUUUUGAAGUUAUAAGAACAGAAGGAAAAAAUCAUUGUUUAGAAGUGGCUAAAAAUAUAAAAAACUUGUAUGAAUAUAAUGCUGUUAUUAUCAUGUCAGGAGAUGGCUUAAUUUUUGAAUGGAUUAAUGGAAUAUGUCAAAGAGAUAAUAAAAUUGAAAUUUUUAAUAAUAUACCUAUUGGUAUUGUUCCAACUGGAUCAGGAAAUGGUUUACUAUCAUCUAUCUUUUUUGCAAAUAAUAUAUCACUUCAAAAACAAGGUUUUCAAGAACGAGCAAUUGAAAUAAUUAGUAGUAAUAGUGCAGUUUCAUCUUAUGUUAAUCUUAUACAUAUUGAAAGUGAAAGUAGUAAUUAUACUUCAUUUUUAUCAGUUGGAUGGGGACUGUUAGCUAAUAUUGAUAUUGAUAGUGAAAGAUGGAGAAAAACUUUAGGAUCACAUAGGUUUUUUUUAGAAGCACUUUUAAAAGUUGUUCAUAUACCUUCAUACAAAGGAAAACUUUGGUAUACUAAAAGAAAUCCAAAUAUAAAUUAUGAAAAUUUUAAAAAUGAAAGAAAAAAUUUUGUAUAUUCAGAUGAUAAAAUUAUAAAAAAAACAGAUUCUCAAUUAGAAUUUGAUAGAGAAAGUAAUCAACAAGAAGAUGAUUUAAGAAUAUAUCACCUUAAUAAAAAUAUUCCAUCAAUAAAAGACCCAAUUCCAACAUCAUGGAAUGUAAUUGAUGAAGAAUUUGUUUUUAUUUAUGCUGUUACAUUAUCACAUAUAAGUAGAGAUGGAUUUUAUAUGCCACCAGCAAAAUUGGAUGAUCCUAAUAUUUAUUUAACUUAUUGUCUACGCAAAGAUUUACCCUCAAGAAGAAAAAUAAUAAAAUUUUUAAUAGAUAUCGAAGAUGGAAAACAUUGCAAUCAUUCAUUUAUUAAUAUUAUUAAAGUUGAUUCAUUUAGAUUAGAAUCACAAACAAAUGAUAGUCCAAUUGUUAUUGAUGGUGAAAAAAUUAAUGAAAAAGUAAUACAGGCAACGACUACUGAAUUAAAAAUGAGUGUUAUUUGUAAUAAGGAAGAUUCAUGA